AUGACGAGCACAGGCCGCAAUGGUAAUGUGGCAGAGACGAGAUACUCGAAAGACCAACUACUAGAUUUUUUCAAGCCCCAGCCGGAUGGUCAAUAUCGACCGACCGUAGACAGUCUUUUAAUGGAAGGCUUCAAUCCUAGAGCAAUAAAUGGCACAAGUCAUGGAGGCUGGGGACGAAAUGAUGAACACAAAGAUGGACACGGCCCAGAGAUGUGUUGGGAUAAUGACGGAUCCGUCCAACCGCUAGGUCUCAUACCAAUGACUGAUGAAGAAAGAGAUAUGUUUUCCACUAGCGUUAAUUCUUUAAUGAAGCCUCCAGCCCAGAGUAAAGAUGGCACCCCCAAUACCCCAGGCGUUAACAGGAGAUCUUCGAUAUCUCAAUCGCAAGGCAGUACCUCCAAUACUGUGUCACGGCCUGGCGGACGGCAGCGGCGAGACUCCAGCGAUCUCCUACAAUCCAACAGCGUAACCUCCCCGACAAGCUCCCGCUUUUCCAAAGACGAAUCCAGCGUGACUUCUCCUCCCCCGUCCCUCCUAAGACGCAAGACUGACUUUAAGGACUCGUUUGGCUCGAGAACGGAGGAAAAGGAGAAAGACAAUGGCAAACCGGGUCUUGACACAACUUCCCCAAUUGGAUCGCUGAGACGUACAAGUACAAACCCAUUAGGAUCUGCGCUGAAUGGACCUUCAUCUCCCUGGUCAGCAGGCCCAGCUUCUACUGGGUUCGCUCCGAUGGGUGCUUUUGGCAGUUUUGGCACAUCUGACAAAAAGCCCGGUUUCAGUAGCAUGCGGAGCGAGAGUCGAUUCAAAAGCUUGAUGGCGACUGACAGCUUAGACAAUGUGAAGAAGUCGAAAGAACAGCGUAUUGAGGAAACACAAGAGGAUGAAAUGCGCUCACCCUGGCAGUCUGGAUUCUCUGGUCAACCAAAGACCCUGGGAGAUUUGUUCGAGGAUGAGGACCAUCCUGCAGGGAGUGCUGCGCUUGGUGGGGAUGACGCUAUUCCUCUCGCCUCGCAGAGUUCCAGCUCCAUGAACCUUGAAAAUCAUCCUGCCUAUGACGACAUCGGCUUUUCGUCUCUUGGAAUUGGAAACAAUCCUCCCCCAUUCCAAGACUUCUCCCACCGUAAUCGAGAAUUCUCUAGUCACCAAAUCCAAGGCCGGGCUCCUGUCCAGUCACGGCCAGAGGAACCUUUGAGUCCCACCUUCACAAACCCAUAUCAAAGCCCAGAAGGCGAUCGGGCUGUUCCGCAUGACAUUGAUACCGAUGAUUCUGACCCCCAUAGUUUACAAUAUCAGCAAAACGCGCAUUUUGGUCGAGGCUUCUCAACUCAUGACCACCAAAGUGGAAGGAAUAGCUCAAAUGCCCACACUUCCCGCGGAUUCCCAAGUCUUGGUGGCCUGGGCGGCCUCUCGGGUUUAGGUGGUCCUUGGUCUGCUGCCCCAGGAGCUAUAGGCACUCCCAGUAAGGCUUUUGGAGAUUCGACGUUCGGUGGCUUUGCAGAUGUUAGCUCUCCUCACAGCGCUGGAUUUGCAAAUUCUGGCUUCUUUGGCACCUCCGGGCCCUCAGUCGGCGGGCUUCCUGCAAGUGUGACUCGCGGCAGUAAGCUGGGCUCGUUGUUCCCAAGCGCAAUGGAAAAUCAAGCUCGCGGCGAUCCUCUGAGGCAAGAGCAUACUACUGAGAGUCCCGAUGUCAUUCGGGGUUUACGCAACAUGGACAUGAUGAGCCAAGGGGUCAACUUCCGCAGUAACGAGAGCCCCCACUCCAAUAGAAGUAGGUUGGAGGAUUUGCUCAGUAGUAGUGAUGAUCGGCUUCGUGCUAGCGCUGCAGCUCAACUCUCCUCCAAGGACAUUUCUCAUGGUCCUCCAUCCGUCUCUCUGCCCGCGCCUUUCUCUGCGGCUACGACGCCACAUAGCUACUUUGCCACUUCUCAGGACCAGGAUCAAGGGGGCUCCGGUCAACUACCAGCACCCCAGCAGAAACAGAUGGUCAUGCCUGAUCGAAUGAGAUGGAUAUACAGAGAUCCGUCUGGUAACAAACAGGGGCCGUGGUCUGGGCUAGAAAUGCAUGACUGGUACAAAGCUGGUUUCUUCUCCCCAGAGCUACAGGUGAAGAAGCAAGAAGAUAACGACUACGAGCCACUUGCUCAGCUCAUUCGACGUAUUGGUAAUUCGAGGGAGCCUUUCCUAGUCCCACAGAUUGGGAUCCCUCAUGGAUCCCCAACUAUUCCCACAAGUGCAGCAGGCCCGGUCCUCAAUCCUCCUGGGACGUCGAAUCCUGCUCAACCACCAUUCGCUAGCAGCUUUCCGAGUUUCGGUACGACAUUGACUGCGGAGCAACAGAAUGCACUAGAGAGACGGAAGCAGGAAGAACAGUAUUUGAUGGCCAGACAGAAAGAACAUCUUGCAUCAAUGCAGCCAGCUUUUCAACGACAAAUGCAACAAAACAUGCAAGGUGGUCUAUUGAAUCAGCAGCUGCACCAUCAUUCAAGUGCCCAUAGCCUGCAAAGUCAACCUAGCUACGGCAGCAUAGCUUCUCCCGUUGGCUAUCAGCCGUCACCUGGAGCCGGUGCUAUCCAGCCCCCGUCGGCGGCCCAAGGCUUCUUCGAGCAAAGGAACGCAGGUCCUAUGGGUGCUGAAAGUCUAGGUUCGGUAAGGGAAGAAGGCUUGCCAGGAUUUCUAGAUCGAAUGAAUCUCCCCCAACCAGGUCAAAUGCCGUACAAUAGCCCCCCACAAAGUCAAGACCAGUAUCAUCAACAGCAAGUGAAUGCAUUGAUGCAAGAAAAGGCACGACUGCAGCGUGAGCAACAACAGUACGGUUCCAAUCAAAUGAGCUUCGACGACGCACUUUCCUCUGCAGAUCGUCUUGAGGAGUUUCAAAGGCUACGAGCACAGGGCUCCGACCAACGGCUUCAGCAGCAACAAGGCCCGGUAGGUUUCGGUACUGAACAGCGUGCUUUCUCGAACGAGUUCCAAGGUAAUGAUGACCGCCCUCAAGAGCAGCUUUCACUCUCGGAGCAGGUGCAGAAAGCUGCAGCUAAACAAUCGCCCAUCAAUCAAACAUCGCCGUGGGCAAAGGUUGAUGCAGGGAUGCCUCAACCAUUCCCGCCUGCCCAACCAAGCUCACCUAUGCCUGCCCCUACGCCUCAAAGAAACAGGCAGAGUGUUGCAGAAGCCUUGAAUGCGGGAUCUCAAUCUCAGACGCCUUCCCAGACCGAUUCAGCCGAGACACCAAGCGCAGCUAUCGCACCGUGGGCAAGAGAAUCGUCGGAGGUAUCCAAGGGCCCAUCCCUGAAAGAAAUCCAAGCCAUGGAGGCGAAGAAAGCAGCUCAACAGGAAGAGAUUGCUGCAGCUGCCCGCAAGGCAGUAGCCGAGCAAGAACGGCUGACUCAACAAAACCAGACAAUACCCUCCGCGCCUGGUUUGCCUUCGUCAGCAAAUUGGGCCAGCAGCGUGUCCCCUGCAAUUCCUACGACCUCGCCCUGGACUAAGCCUACAGCUGGAAAACCUACGAUCGCUACGCCUGCUGCAGGCGCGAAAAAGACGCUUGCUCAGAUUCAAAAGGAAGAAGAGGCUCGGAAGAGCAGGGUCGCUGCUGCUACCGGUGCCUCGUCUACAGCUAAUGCGGCUUCCGCUACCGUCGGUAAGAGCUAUGCAAACUUGGCAGGUAAAGGUCCAGUGCCUCUUGCACCAAACCCGAAUAACACUGCCUGGACGACAGUCGGCGCUGGAGGUAAGGCAAAAACACCGACAGCGCCUGUUCCUGCUCCUGUUCGUUCUACAAGUGCGAAUAUAGCGGCAAAUCCUUCAACAGCAAGACCCAAACCUACCAUCUCUACCGCAGGUAGAUCUAGUACCACGCAGAGCGCGAACGAUGAGUUCCAGAAAUGGACUCGUGGUGCGCUGGGUAAGGGCUUGAAUCCCAACAUUUCUGCUGACGACUUCAUUUCCUCCCUCCUUUCUCUCCCUCCUGAUUCUGACAUCAUCUCUGACUCGAUCUACGCAUCUUCGCAAACCCUCGACGGCCGCCGCUUCGCCGAAGAGUUCGUCAAGCGCCGCAAGCUCGCUGACAAGGGAAUCACCCCCGAGCCUUCCAGCACGGGCUCUUUCACUAUUGGAAGUGCUUCUGGUGAGAGUAAGGCUUCGAACGGGGGGUGGAGUGAGGUCGCGAAAAAGGGCAGUACCUCGACCGCUGCAAGUGGUGCGAAUGAUGCUUCGAGAGAGUUUAGGGUCGUUUCUGGGAAGAAGAGGGGGAAGCGGUAG